AUGGCCGUAUCAACCCGCGAGAGGCAUGAUCUCUAUGCCCUUCGCACCUCAUCCCCGCCACCUCUCGACCUGUCGAUUCUGUUAGGGCAGCCAGGCCGUGAACCUUUAUCUGACUGGUACAUUGGACAACCACAGUCGAGAAGGGUGAACCCUGCUCAAGAUGCGUUCGAAAGUGCGGUACUCAUCCUCCGGAAGGAGCUCACCCACGAUGAACAGAAGCUUCUUCAAUUGCAGGGCAAGACAUCUAUGCAAGAUGUCCAGAAUGCAGUCAAAGACGCGAUGCAUGAAUACGAGGCGAAAGUCAAGGCUUCCAAGCUGAGGGGCUGGCUUGCGAGUUGCUCAUCCAGGAUCCUGUACUACGGGACGCAUGCAGAUUCCGUCGCCAUGGUAUAUGCCAAAAUCUUAGAGUUCUUCGUCAUGGCUGUUCGGUGGUACAAGAAGGGCAAGGUGAUGCAUUCGCUUUCGUCCAUUACUAAACCAUUCAGCCUGAGCUUCAAACCCGUCAUUGAAGAAAUUACAGAAAGAUCAAGAAGAGUGGAUGAACUAGCCAGCGCAGCAUCCAAAGCUGAGAUAAGGGACCUUCACAUCCGGAUUCAUCGUUUGGAUAAGACACUCGUGCAGGUAACUGAAAUGAUGGCUGUGCAACAGCAGCAACAAGUUCUAUACAACGAAUCGUUGCUCGGGGUUCAACACGAAUACAAGCAGCUCUUUCGAAAAGGCCAGGUCGAAGACAUUCGCAACUAUCUUCUCUUAGAGGAUGCUCCAGAAUCGGACGAGAGCCUGGCCUACUGUAGAUCCAUGCGGAACCGGAGGAGGCGCACCAUGCCGACCCAGAUACCAGUCUCAGCGCUUGAGACACUUGAGUCAUGGGUGUCUGAUCCCUCGUCUUCCCUUCUCUUGGCUCAAGGCCAAGGCAUUCGCUCAAGCUCACUUGACUUUGCUGCUGAUUUCCUCGAUGCCGUCCUGGAUAAAGAUUACCCCGUCUUGUGGGCCCUCCCGUCUGCAUCAGAAGAAGAACCCUUGAAGCCGUCGGUAUCUGGCAUCCUGCGAUCGCUCAUAUCCCAAGCUCUGGCUCUGGACCCCAGUAUUGUCAGCGAGGGGGUGAAUCCUGUCAACAUGAAGCACUUCAAGGCGUGCAAAGGGGUCCAGCAGUGGUUCGCAAUCUUUGAACGAUGUAUCACAAGGCUUCCGCGCUUGUUUCUCGUCGUUGACAUGGGUCUAAUCGAGUUGGCCACAAGCCACGAGGAAGAAGAGCACGAGUUUUUCAAGGUUGACCACUUCGUCGAGUUCCUCGCGGAAAUGAUAAGCCGUCGAGUGAAAGGGGGGUUGAAAAUUGCCGUUUUAUCCUGGAGAUUUGCCGUAUCGACUUCGCUCGAUGCAGAUGAAGUGUUUGAUCAGAGACGCAUCUAUACGGAUCAAGGGCGCCGAGCUGAAAGAAUGAUGAGGAAGCCAAAAUAUCGCGCCAUGCUCAAGAGGAGGAACCAAAGAUUUAUUGAGAGAUUUAGCUCUUCGGUCACUAUUUCUAGUCAAUGA